AUGGCAAACCCAGAAACAGCCCCCGAUGGCGCUUCCCUCUCCGCCCUGUCGCAACCCCCACCCCCCAAAAUCGACCCCGUCUACUACACCUGGUCCUCAACUUUCAACAUAAUGCUAGGCCGCAUGACCAACUCGCGCGACGUAACCCUCGAGCAAAACUACUUUUCCGAAAUGGACACGCUAAAAGCCGACACCAUCUGCCGACGCUGCGAAACCAACAAAAACUACCUCCUAGAAUACAGCCCUAUAAUCCGCUUCCUCACCUCCGAAGUGGGCAAACUGGGCGGCACGCUCGACGCCACCAACAUCCAUUGUCGCAUGUGCACAGCCGAGCAGAGCGGUGGCUUCAGCCUCGACCAUGGGAUUCUGUUGUGUGCGAAUAAGUUUCGCAAUCGUGGACAUCAGGAGGAUACUAUGGCGCAUGAGAUGGUGCAUGCGUGGGACCAUUUGAAAUUCAAAGUCGAGGCGGAGAACUUGAGACAUCAGGCUUGUUUGGAGAUACGGGCCAGUACGCUGAGUGGCGAGUGUAGGUUUGCGAGGGAGUUUUUCACGAGGAAUCAGUGGCGCAUUACGGAGCAGUUGCAGACGUGUGUGAGGCGGAGGGCGACGCUGAGUAUGAUGGCGAGGCCGGGGAUAAAGGAUCAGGAACAUGCGGGUAAGGUGGUGAAUGAGGUUUGGGAGGCUUGCUUUAGAGAUACCAGGCCGUUUGAUGAGAUUUAUCGGUAA